AUGUCAGCUCUGGUAGUUGCCCCGUGGAAGCGCAUCCAAAUCUCGUCGUCCUUUACCACCGACUCUGAACACCUUCGCGAGCAAAUACACGACAACAAGACGGGCGAGACAAAGACCAUCACCCACGACACGCCCCACGAAACCUCCCACACAACCACCCUCACCACGAACCCCUACACCGUCGAGACCAACGGUGCCGAACAAAAGACCAAGCAAGGCGACUCCGUCACACUCGACAUCGAGCCUUCCCACUGUGCAGCCACCGUCGGCUACGAUACCAGCCAGCUGUGA